AUGGCCCUAUUACUAAAAUGUCAAAAGAUGAAGGACUAUAACAAAAAGAGGCAGGAGUGGCUGAAAAAUGGUCAUGGCAAAUUCACUGAUCUGGCUGACGAAAAGAAGUUCUUCGCAAUGACCAAGAAAUCUCCGAAUUUUGUGUGCCAUUUCUACGAGAAAAACAACGAGCAAAGCAAGAUUGUGGACAAACAUCUCAGGAUCCUGACUCCCGAACACGUGGAAGCCAAAUUUUGUCGAUUGAACUGCGAAAAGGCGCCUUUUCUCACCAAACGACUGCGCUUGACGGAGUUGCCCACAAUUCUCCUGGUGAAGGACGGCAAGAUCAAUGACUUUAUCGUCGGGUUCACCGAUCUUGGCAAUCGCAGCGACUUUACCACAGAGAUGAUGGAACGGCGAAUCGGAGUGUCUGGGAUCAUCGAAUACAAAGGCAACCUUAAGCAGCCUCCGAAUGGAAAGAAUACCACAAACCAAAAGCAAACAGUCAAUCGCUCGAAAAAAACAAAACGAGGCGGCCAAGAACCCCAGAAAUGAUCUGCAUUUCAAAUACAUGUUUAGCUCUGUAUAGGAAAAUUAUUUAAAUUAUAGAAAAAUAAAUUUAAGAUAAUUUAAGCAUACUAGAAGA